ACUGCUUUUAGCUUGCUAUUUUACCUGCUCGCAUCAUCCGCGAUUAAAAUGCCUUCCCGGACCUCGUUGUGUUUGCCGGAGGAUGUGAAGGAACGAUUGCAGGUCCUGGACAGUGGUGAUGACAGCCUUUCAGAUGAGGAAUGUGUCAAAGAAAAGCUCAGGUUGGUGCAAGACUUCCUGCGUUCUGACACUCAGGACCAACUCAAAAGUCUGGAGGCCAAGCUGAAAAACUCUGAACUUACCACGGAGGUGUACACAUCAGAAGUAAAGGCUGUGCUCAAAAAAGCUCUGGGUUUAGACAAAAAUGGUGUGGAGCAGAAUGGGCAUUCAAAUGGCUGCUCUGAAAAUGGAUCCCAUGAAGAUGAUGGUGAAAAGAAAGGAGCCAUGGAGACACAGGAGGAAGGGGAAAUAAAAUCCCCCAGUACAGCAAAGGGCAAAGGUGGCCGACGCAGUAAAGCAGACAAUGAACCCAAAAAAUCUCCUGCUGGUCCUAGAGUCACACGCAACUCUGGCAAACAACAAACGAUCAUGUCCAUGUUCUCUAGAGUGCCCAAGCGCAAGUCUGAUGAGGUUAUUGGAGAGACGGCAAAUGGAGACGCUGAGGUUAAGACAGAAGAGGUUGAUGUAGAGGAGGUUCGUGAAGAAAAGCGUCUCAAAACUGAAUCAGAUGAACCUUCUACUGAAAAUUCAAAUGCUGAGAAGACCAAGCCUGUGGGCACAGUCAAGGCUCCUCCUCCCAAGUGUCCUGACUGCAGGCAGUAUCUGGAUGACUCUGACCUCAAGUUUUUCCAGGGAGAUCCUGAUGUUGCGCUUGAAGAACCAGAGAUGUUGACUGAUGAACGUCUUUCCUUGUUUGACUCAAAUGAAGAUGGGUUUGAAAGCUACGAAGACCUGCCUCAACAUAAGAUUACAAACUUCAGUGUGUAUGACAAGCAUGGCCAUCUCUGCCCUUUUGACUCGGGACUUAUUGAAAAGAAUGUCGAAUUGUACUUCAGUUGUGUUGUAAAGCCCAUCUAUGAUGACAACCCGUGCUUGGAUGGUGGAGUCCCUGCCAAAAAGCUGGGACCUGUCAAUGCCUGGUGGAUCACUGGCUUUGAUGGGGGUGAGAAGGCUCUUAUUGGCUUCACCACAGCCUUUGCUGACUACAUCCUAAUGGAGCCGAGUGAGGAGUACUCACUCAUCUUUGCCCUGAUGCAGGAGAAAAUCUACAUGAGUAAGAUUGUGGUGGAGUUCCUUCAGAAGAACCCAGAUGCUACCUAUGAGGACCUUCUUAACAAAAUUGAGACCACAGUGCCCCCGGCUGGGCUGAACUUCAAUCGCUUCACUGAAGACACACUGCUGCGCCAUGCACAGUUUGUGGUGGAGCAGGUGGAAAGCUAUGAUGAGGCUGGAGACUCUGAUGAACAACCCAUAAUUGUUACACCAUGCAUGAGAGACCUGAUAAAACUGGCUGGUGUAACCCUGGGCAAGAGGCGUGCUGCCAGAAGACAGACUGUUCGUCAUCCUACAAAAAUCGAAAAAGAUAUCAUGGGGCCAACAAAAGCUACCACCACUAAGCUGGUGUAUCAGAUAUUUGAUGCCUUUUUUGAAGAGCAGAUUGAUCAGAACAAUAAGGAUGGUGGAGUUAAGAGGCAGCGCUGUGGUGUCUGUGAGGUGUGCCAAGCUUCAGACUGUGGCAAGUGUUCCUCUUGUAAAGACAUGAUUAAAUUUGGAGGCAGUGGUCGCAGCAAGCAGGCCUGUCAGAAGAGGAGAUGUCCCAACAUGGCAGUGAAAGAGGCAGAGGAGGAUGAGAAUGUUGAGGAGGACGAUAUUGCACCACUUUUUAAAAAUGCUCCAAAGAUGUCGCAGGCUAAGAAGAAGCAGACCAAGAAUAAGGUCGCCUGGGUGGGAGAGCCAAUUACAACUGAAGGAAAACGGAAGUACUACAUGAAGGUACGUGUAGAGGAUGAGGUGUUGGAGGUUGGAGACUAUGUGUCUGUAAGCCCAGAUGACCCCUCCCAUCCACUCUAUCUUGCCAGGAUUACUGCUUUGUGGGAGGAUGAUGAAAAGAUGUUUCAUGCACACUGGUUUUGCCGUGGCACAGACACCGUUCUGGGCGAGUCCUCUGAUCCUUUGGAGCUCUUCCUUGUGGAUGAGUGUGAGGACAUGCAGCUGAGCUUUGUGCAUGGCAAAGUGAAUGUGAUGUAUAAGACUCCUUCUGAAAACUGGUUCAUGGAGGGUGGCUUAAUUGAUGAAAUCAAGGUUAUUGAUGAUGAUGGCGGCAAAAGCUUCUUUUAUCAACUGUGGUACGAUGGAGACUUUGCUCGGUUUGAGACGCCUCCCGAGGUUGUAUCAGAGGAAGACUCUAAAUACAAGUUUUGUGCCAGCUGCACCAGGAAUAAAGAGGUACAGGAGCAGGAGACUCCUCGUGUCUCUGAUCCCCUUGAGGAUGAGGAGCAUGAUGCGAAAGUGUUGUAUUCCUUGGCCUGCCUGAAGGGUGAACAGUACAAGGUUGGAGAUGGUGUUUACUUGCCACCUGAGGAAUUUACCUUUGGGAUAAAGGCAGCAAGCCCGGUAAAGCGUUCUCACAGGAAAGAGGAUGUAGAUGAAGACCUGUAUCCAGAGUACUACAGGAAGUCCUCAGAUUACAUCAAGGGCUCCAAUCUAGAUGCUCCUAGGCCUUUCCUUGUUGGUCGCAUUAAGGAGAUCUUCUGCAACAAGCGCAGCAAUGGAAAGCCAGACACUUCAGAGGUUAAGCUGCGCCUUUACAAAUUGUACAGACCUGAGAACACUCACAAAGGAGCAAAAGCAGGCUACCAUACUGAUAUAAACCAACUGUACUGGAGUGAUGAACAGGUUACUGUGAACAUGAAAGAAGUGCUUGGUCGCUGUCAGAUAGAGUAUGGUGAGGACCUGGUGGAGAGUGUUCAGGAGUACUCGACUGGUGGACCUGAUCGGUUCUACUUCCUAGAGGCCUACAAUUACAAAUCCAAGAGCUUUGAAGACCCACCAAACCAUGCACGCUCGGUGGUAAACAAGGGCAAAGGAAAAGGCAAGGGAAAAGGUAAGGGGAAAGGUAAAGCUACAGCACAGGAUAUGCAGGAACCCGAGGUUCAGGAUAUUAAGGGCUCUAAACUGCGAACGCUGGAUGUGUUCUCUGGAUGUGGUGGUUUAUCUGAAGGUUUCCACCAAGCAGGCAUCUCUGAGACCAACUGGGCCAUUGAGAUGUGGGAUCCUGCAGCGCAGGCAUUCAGGCUGAACAACCCUGGUACCACAGUGUUCACAGAGGACUGCAAUGUGCUGCUAAAGCUGGUGAUGUCUGGAGAGAAGACCAACUCCCUCGGCCAGAAACUGCCACAGAAGGGUGACGUGGAGAUGCUGUGUGGAGGGCCACCUUGUCAAGGCUUUAGUGGAAUGAACCGCUUCAAUUCUCGCACCUACUCAAAAUUUAAAAACUCCCUGGUUGUCUCUUAUCUGAGUUACUGUGACUACUACAGGCCAAAGUUCUUCCUGCUGGAAAACGUCAGAAACUUUGUGUCCUUCAAGCGCUCUAUGGUCUUAAAGCUCACUCUGCGCUGCCUGGUGCGCAUGGGUUACCAGUGCACAUUUGGUGUGCUUCAAGCAGGCCAGUAUGGUGUAGCUCAGACCCGCCGCAGAGCGAUUAUCCUGGCUGCUGCACCGGGUGAGAAGCUUCCACGCUACCCUGAGCCAUUGCACGUCUUUGCUCCACGAGCAUGCUCCCUCAAUGUAGUGGUUGAUGACAAAAGAUACGUCACUAACGUUACCAGAGGGAAUGGUGGUAUCUACCGCACCAUUACAGUGCGGGACACAAUGUCUGACCUCCCAGAAAUCCGGAAUGGGGCUUCUGCCUUGGAGAUUUCCUACAAUGGAGAGCCACAGUCCUGGUUUCAGAGACACAUCAGGGGUGCCCAGUACCAGCCCAUCCUCAAAGACCAUAUCUGCAAGGACAUGAGCGCUCUGGUGGAAGCGCGUAUGCGCCAUAUUCCUCUGGCUCCAGGUUCUGACUGGAGAGACCUACCCAGUAUUGAGGUUCGAUUGCGAGAUGGAACCACCACUAAAAAGCUUCGAUACUCUCACUCUGACAAAAAGAAUGGCCGCAGUGGCACUGGGGCACUGAGGGGAGUGUGUUCCUGUGCAGAAGGCAAGCAGUGUGAUCCAGCAGACAGGCAGUUCAACACCCUCAUCCCAUGGUGUUUGCCUCACACGGGUAACCGUCAUAACCACUGGGCCGGACUUUACGGCAGGCUGGAGUGGGACGGCUUUUUCAGCACCACAGUAACUAACCCUGAGCCCAUGGGCAAGCAGGGACGCGUUUUACAUCCAGAGCAGCAUCGUGUGGUCAGCGUUAGGGAGUGUGCUCGUUCACAAGGUUUUCCUGAUACCUACCGCUUCUUUGGAAACAUUUUGGAUAAACACAGACAGGUUGGAAAUGCAGUGCCUCCACCUCUUUCUAAAGCCAUUGGACUUCAAAUCAAGAAAUGUGUACUUGAGAAGAUGAAGGAGAAUGCAACGGAGCCUGUGAAACAGGAGAAAAUGGAGCUGUGUGAUUAAAGCGUCUGCUUGCGUUUCUGAAUUCAACAUGGGACUUUUCUCCCAUUUAUUCCAUUGUCUCUUGCUGAUAUUGAGCCACUCGAGUGGCAUCUUUGGACAGUCUGUGCAGUGCCAUCACCAGUAAUGUUUUAUCAUUUUCUAUGUGAUUUUAAAUUGUGUAUUUACAAUCUCCACUCUGGUGGUAUAAAUUCUAUGUAGUUUUUAUAUGUUGUAAUUUCAAAUAAAGCUCUUAAUCCCAGUGAGGGGAUUUCCCCCUGAACAUGAGUAAAAGUAAGACUGUUUCUCCUCCCCAAAUAAUAACAACUUGUUGGCAGGGGUGACUGGUCUUGACAAACAGCCAGUUUCAAGUACAAUGUGUAAUUUGUGAAAAUGACAUCUUCAUUUUUACUAUCCUGGUCAGGGUCCCAUUGGUUUAGGUGCAACGCUUCAAGAUGUAUGCUUGCCUUGCACAAUUAAUUGGAGAAAUAUGUGUAUUCCUUCACACCUAGGGCUAAUUUAAAGCAGGCAGUCCAUCUUUUGUGUGUUUAGAGGGUGGGGGAAGUACCUGAAGAGGUGUACAGACGUGAGGAACGUCUAAACAGACUGGUUUAAAUUCCUGCCCCUAGUUACAGUUCUCAAUGUUUCAACCCAGAAUCGACAGUGACACUCUACGAGCUGCUGUAGACUUGCCAUAUACAAAUAAAUGUGUUUUUACAGUACUAGCAGUACUUUUGUGAAAACGGUAGCUUUACUUUACAUACUAUGUUCAUUUCAAUAUCAUUUGCACAUAUCAGAGGUGUGUGUGCCAGCUGGUUCCUCUUCUCAACCAGUGAGGGGUUCUGUGCAGCUAACCGGCACAUGGCACUUCUGGGGAAUUAAACCUUAGAUCCAAGUUUUCAUUUCCAGAAUUCUAUAACUUUUUGACAACAGUUUGGGGAAGGCCUUUUUCUCAGUGCUGAUUCUAGUGUAGCACCUUCAGGGUGAUUUGGAACUUCGAUUGGGAACCAAUGCUCUUUGGAAAUAAUGGGCAAAAAUUUACACCCCCUGUAAAUUUGUACAUUUGCCAGUGUGUAAGCAGGAUUGCUUAAUAUUUACUUAGCUCAGAGGUUAAGGUACUUGAUUAGUAAUCAGAAGGUUGUGGAUUUAAGCCCCACAAUGCCAAGUUGCCCCUGUUGGGGCCCCUAAGCAAGGCCCUAACCACAAUUGCUCAAAUUGUGUUCAGUCAUUUAGGGCAGUGGUAGUUCUAGUUAAGAUACUGGACUAAUAAUCUGAAGGUUUCUGGUUUAAGGCCCACCACUGCCAGCUGGCUACUGUUGGGCCCCUGAGCAAGGUCCUUAACCCUAAAUUGCUUAAAUUGUAUUCAGUCAUUGUAUUUAAAUUUUGAUAAGUGUCUGCUAAAUGCCACAAAUGUAAAUAUGAGAUGAGUCACAAUGAUGCAGCUCUUGGAUUAAUGUUCAUGACAGCACAAUCAGAAAAUGACUGAGCAUGUAUGGCUUACAUAGAAAGUUGAGAAUAACUUGGGUUUGCAAAACUGCUUCUGAACAAACCACUAAAGUUGUGAAACAAUGCAUGAGAUUAUAAGACAAGUGCAUAAUGACAUUUGCAUCACACCCCACUCAUGUAAUCAUGCAACCUCAGCCACCAGUCUCGCUCGCCUUGAUCCUCCACCCAGAAGACAUGCAUCAAGGCUCUUUUCUGUACUAGCACCCAAGUGGUGGAACGAACUUUCUCUGUCUGAACAUCUGAGUCUCUCAAUGUCUUUAAAUGACCUCUUUACCAAGAACGUAAGCUGAGAACUAACACGUACUUUCUAACACUCAUUCAUUUUAUUUCCUAUAAUAAAAAAAAAUGUGUCAACAGAGUUUCAGCA